AUGUACGCCUCACAGCUCCGAACGAAAGACGAGAUCCUAGCGAUCCGCGCUGCUGAGCGCAAGUACGCAAAGCGCGUGCAGCUUGCGCAAGCGAUGCUCAUAGUCGUCCGCGAAGAGCUGGCCACGUGUUACCGUGAGAACGGUGUGAACCACAAGAUGGCGUGCAAGGGCCUUCGUGAAGAGUACGCCAAGCUCGUUAAGGAUCCCACGCACGGCGCUGGCUACCCGACACGACCCCAGUUUUAG